ACAGAUUAUCCGUCAAACUCCACUUCCCACAAUGCAACUCGGAACUCGCGCAAGCGCAGAUAGGUUUAUUUAGUAUACAGACAACCGGAAGCUCGACUCCGGAAUUGACCGAACGGGAUAGUUCUUGGUGUGAUGGGAGAGGUGAUGCAUCAGUCGGAGGAGUGUUAAGGCCAGAGCAGACAUGACUGAGUGCUUCCUGCCGCCCAGCAGCAGCCCCGCGGAGCAGCGUAGGGCUGAACACGCAGGGGGCGUGGCCCGCACCCCCAGCUCCGAGGAGAUCAGUCCCACCAAGUUUCCCGGGUUGUACCGCACGGGCGAACCGUCGCCGCCCCAUGACGGCCAUCACCACGAGACACCCGACGCCUACGUCUCGGACGACGACAAAGAGCACAGCAAGAAGAAGAACAAGUUCAAGAAGAAGGAGAAAAGGACGGAAGGCUACGCAGCCUUCCAGGAGGACAGUUCAGCAGAUGAAGCUGAGAGUCCGUCGAAGAUGAAGCGCUCCAAGGGAAUCCAUGUGUUCAAGAAGCCCAGCUUCUCCAAGAAGAAGGAGAAGGACUUCAAGGUGAAGGAGAAGGGCCCCAAGGAGGACAAGGCCAAGGACAAAAAAUCAAAGGACCUGACGGCGGCAGACGUGGUAAAACAAUGGAAGGAGAAGAAGAAGAAGAAGAAACCCACAACAGAGGUCGAGCCGGUCCCGGUGGAGAUCCCCACCUUCAGGCCCAUCUUUGGAGCCCCUCUGACGGAGGCUGUCAAGAGGACCGCGCUGUACGAUGGUAUCCAGCUGCCCGCUGUGUUCAGAGAAUGUGUGGACUACAUCGAAAGUUACGGCAUGAAGUGUGAAGGCAUCUACCGCGUCUCGGGUAUGAAGUCCAAAGUGGAUGAAUUGAAAGCCGCUUAUGACCGCGAGGAGUGCCCCUGCCUGGAGGAGUACGACCCCCACACGGUGGCCAGCCUACUGAAGCAGUACCUGCGCGAGCUGCCCGAGAACCUGCUGGGCCGAGACCUGGCCCUGCGCUUCGAGGACGCCUGCGGGCGGCAGGUGGAGGCGGAGAAGAUGGCCGAGUUCCAGAGGCUGCUGGCCGAGGUGCCGUCACAGAGCCGGCUGCUUCUCACCUGGCUCGUCACGCACAUGGACCACGUCAUCACCAGGGAGGCGGACACCAAGAUGAAUAUUCAGAAUAUCUCCAUCGUCCUCAACCCAACCAUACAGAUUGGGAACCGGGUCCUUUACAUGUUCUUCACACACGUGAGGGAGCUGUUUGGAGACGUCGUCCUGAAGCCGGUGGUGCGGCCCCUCCGCUGGUCCAACAUGGCCACCAUGCCGGCGCUGCCCGAGACCCAAGACGACGUCAAAGAGGAGAUCCGGCGACAGGAGUUCCUGCUCAACUGCCUGCACAGAGACCUGCAGGCGGGGGUGAAGGACUUAUCCAAAGAGGAGCGUCUAUGGGAGGUUCAGAGAAUCUUGACCGCUCUAAAACGCAAACUGAGGGAGGCUAAACGUCAGGAGUGUGAGACUAAAAUAGCCCAGGAGAUCGCAAGCCUCUCGAAGGAAGACGUUUCAAAAGAGGAAAUGACAGAGAAUGAAGAGGAAGUCAUCAUCCUCCUCUUGGCACAGGAGAACGAGAUCCUGACCGAGCAGGAGGAGCUGAUCUCUCUGGAGCAGGUGUUUCGUAGACUGAUUGCCACAGAGAAGGAGGAAAUCGAGAGACUGCGAGCAGAGAUCGCCGACAUCCAGAGUCGUCAGCAGGGCCGCAGUGAGACAGAGGAGUAUUCAUCAGACAGCGAAAGUGAGAGUGAAGAUGAGGAAGAGCUGCAGAUCAUUCUGGAGGACCUGCAGAAGCAAAACGAGGAACUGGAGAACAAAAACACCCAUCUGAACCAGGCCAUUCACGAGGAGCAGGAAGCCAUCUUGGAGCUCCGCGUCCAGCUCCGCCUCCUGCAGAGCCACAAACUGCAGCAGGAACUGACCGUCCAGCCGCCGGCCGAGCAGGCCCCGCCCCUGCAGCCGAGCCCGGAGCCCCGCGCCGAGGAGCAAACCAAACGCUCUGUGGCCACGGUGGCGGCGGCGGCGGCCCCCGCAGAUUCCGCCGCUUCGUCCAAUGGCAAGGCAGCCAAGGAUCCUUCAAAACCCUCCCCGAACAAAGACAGGAGGGACACCCACAUGUGAGACGUUUGGUGGCUCCGUGCUGCCAAACGUCCCCGCCGGCGGCCAGUUGUCCUCCAGUGUCUCCCACUAAUGAAGCAGUUUGGGUUAAGAAAUAGCAUUUAAAAACCACCCAUGUAUCACAAAGUUUUAUUUUUUGCUGUUACGGUUUUCUAAAAGAUGAUCAUGAACCAUAAUGAACUCUGUCCCUGUCUGUCACUACGUCCCUCAGCCAGGUGCAUAUCGUGCGAGUUAGAAUAGAGACCACUGUGCCAAUACCGAACAUGCCGCACUGGCCAUGUCUUCCCCCAAAGAACCACUAAUACAAACGCUUAGGGUUGGUGCUUCUAUAUAUUAUAUAUUAAAGUAGUAUUCUGAAGAAUACCCGUGAGCAUUCAAGAAACCCGAUGAUUUUAAGUUACAGCUUUUUAGUAAUAUAUAAAUAUGUGUAUAAAUAUAUUGUAGGUGCUCUCGUUUGGUAGAACAGCAGAUGCAAAUAAGACCCGGUGGCGUCGAACCGCUCCCACCGACCGGUGGACGGAAAGUGUCUUCGUCACCGUAAAACGUGUCCAGACAUCUGGAGGUUGCGUCGUGUCCGUCCCGCUCUCCGCUCUGUGGCGCAAAUAUCGUCUGUUCUUUCCGCCUCCGUUUGCACAAAAAUGUGUCAAAACAACGUCUCUCCAGUUUUAUGACGGAUUUAUGUCCUUGGGUAUGGUCACUGUCGCCAAAAUAUGUGUACGGGGACACGCAGGAGACUCAUUUAGAUUUGUUGUGUUUUCGAUUGUGUUUUUUAAGGGGUAGGUUCAUGGUAUGUGGAGUUACUGUUCACGGCUUCAGUUGGAAGUGAGUAAAAGAAAUACAUUUUAAAAAGUCAAUCGUUCUAUUUCACAACUGAUCCAUGACUAUUGCAAAGUACUGUCCUUGUUCAGUGAUAUUUAAAGCAGGCACGGGCGGCACUUACUUACCGAUUGUGUACAUCCAUUGUAAAAUUGCAAAUAUACUGUAUUCUCAGCUUUUAUGUUUGGUCAUACGUUCCUUUUUUAUUUUUAAUGGCCUGUAUGCAGUACACUAGUGUGACUGCUCCAGAGUCGGGAUAAUCAAAGCAAUCUCACCUGAACUCCCAACACAGCAUGUUAACAAUCCUGUGACUGAAAACAGAUAAAUGCUAAAUUGGGCUUGGAAGCUUCUCAUGAGGUUAUUUUUCCAUGUUGUAGCUUUUUGUUGCAGUCAGAAUAAUGCUGUGAAGAAUAAAGUGUUGAUAAAAAACGA